AUGUCCUACAAGAGGAACAGAGCGGCUUUCGAAGCCGACUUGCAGAAGCAAGACUCGCCGUACGUCUUUUACGGCACUCCGCUGCCUCCGCUAGACGACAAUGUUCGCGACGACGGAUCCUUCGUGCCAGUAUGGAAGCAGGAGGUCGUGGACGAGCGUGGCAGGAAGAGGUUGCACGGUGCUUUCACAGGCGGCUUCAGCGCCGGAUACUUCAACACCGUCGGCUCGAAGGAUGGAUGGACGCCGUCUACAUUUGUUUCUUCAAGGGCCAGCCGACAGAAAGACCAGAAGAAUGACGCCCAGCAGCGGCCAGAAGACUUCAUGGACGAAGAAGAUCUGGCCGAGGCAGCGGAAGCGCAGAAGCUACAGACCGCCAGCGCUUUUGCUGGCCUUGGGUCCACCGAAGAAGACGCAUCGCGCAGAGAUCCCUUCAUGGGCCUGGUGAAGGCUGGCGGGGACACAGUAGGCGUCAAGUUACUGCAGAGGAUGGGUUGGCGCCAGGGUCAAGGCGUAGGACCGCGAAUACGGCGCAAAGCUCGCCUGGACGAAGGAGAUGAGCCAAGAGACGCGAACGAGAAGGCUCAUCUCUUUGCACCUGACGACUCUCCCAUGAUCGGCUUCGCGAGGAAGAACGAUCGCAAAGGACUGGGAUAUAGCGGGGAAGCGCGUCUUUCCAGUACGCCUGCCUCCGCCAAGCCCGGAGCUCAGGAGGAUGACGAUGAGGACGACUCAAGCUUCUCUGCCGUAAACAACGCUCGGAAGGGGAAUGCCAAGAAAACAGCACGACGAGGGGGUUUCGGGGUGGGUAUAUUGAACGACACUGGAUCCGAUGAAGAGGAUGCGUACGAGAUGGGGCCACGACUUUCGUAUAACAAAACCAUUGGACCCGAUAAGAAGCCCAAGAAAACAAGCAAUGGCUUACCAGUAGCCAAAGCUGCAAAUCCACUCCUACGCGCCAAGCCUGUAUUUGUAUCCAAGAAGAUCCCUAACCGCACUACUGCAGCGACCCUCCGAAAAUGUCACGACGGGCGCCUUCCCUUGGAGGGAUUCGUCCUAGCUACUCAAGCUCUGACCCUAGAAGCAAACAGGUAUGCGCCGCCUAAGAUACCAGAGGGCUGGAAGAGUGCAAAAGGUACAGCAGCAGCAGACUCCGGUAGUUCCACGUAUCAGUCAACGGCAGACGCAGCGAAAGCUUCUACUCUUGAUCCAAAGUCGCGUGCCGCACUCCUUGGAGAAGCUGCUCUACCAGGCAAGUCUAUAUUCGACUAUCUCUCGCCGUCAGCGCGAAGUCGCAUCGCUUCAGCUACCGGUAAGGACAAUCUUCCCGCAGCUCUGAGCGAGGCGCCUCCCGAAGGCUACCGAAAGUCCGACGCAGAGAAACAGAAGGAUCUCUGGAGUUUGGUACCUGCCUUGGACAAGGAUAUAGCAGAUGCAGCCCUGCAGCGCGGUACUGGGGGCUGGAUGCCAUACGCAGAGGACGAGCGAAAGCGCGCCCGGUAUCGAGCCUUUAUAGAGCUCAAAGCAGGUUGGAGAGAUGUGUUGCCGGAGCGCGCUCCCGGUAUGUCAACCGACGAAUGGGUCAAGGAGCUGCAGGAGUUCGCGCACGCAGCACGAGUCUUCAGGCCGGUCACAGGCAUGAUGGCCUCACGCUUCACUUCCUCAACGGCGCAUCAUGGAGCUUCUAGCGGCGAGCGUAAGGAUACCCCCCUUCUCAGCAAACCGCCUGCAAAGCCUACCGACCCCGCUGAGGAAGCCGCAAAGAUCGGUAUGUACGGCCCGAUGACGCGAAGUGUGCUGCAGUUCUUCCCCACCCGGUUGGUGUGCAAGCGCUUCAACGUGAAGCCUCCAGCACAUGUUCAAAUGGAUCCCGGAGACACCCCCUCAGGCAGUGCAGCAGCUGCAGGCUCUUCUGGUCAGGUUUCGGAGCUUGUAUCCCGUUCAAUGCUCAAUGAGAUGCUGCUCAAUGCCAACUUCGCCAACACCAGCGCCACCAGCGGCGCCAAACCCGAGCCAGAUGGUAUCUCCGUGCCAGCUACCUUGCCAGUCGAGGCACCUGUUGACGUCGAGACUAAUGAAGCUCUGGAAGCGGAGAGAGCUGGCGAUGCAGUCUUCCGGGCCAUUUUCGGGAGUGACGAUGAGGACGAGGAUGAAGCUUGA